AUGCUCUCAGAUGUACAUCCGCCUCUCCUGUUCUUUGGGGGUCAAAAGGGGGGCGGGCACCCUCAGAACGCCGACGCGCUCGGCACGUGCAGCGGCAGCGCCGGGGACCGCGCCGACGUCGGCCGGCUCACGGCUGGCAGCGACGCCUGCUGCGGGCUGGGCGACCACGGCCACGAAGGCGACUGGCGCGUCGUGGGUGUCCCCGUGCCGCAGCUGGUCGAGGCCGCCGAGCUGGGCUCCGCGUGCACGGGCCCGUGCCUCGGCCGGCCGUGCAGCAUCGCCUGCUGCAGGUCCUCGUGCGCGUCCUUCUGA